UUUUUGUGAUAGAAAAAUCUAAGAAAUAUGCAGGAUACAACACAUUUCGAGCUACAGAUAUGUGUAUUGUAAUAUUUAUGACACGUUUAUGUAACUUAGAUAUCAUUUAUUGAAGGUCAAUCUCUCGCUGAUAUAGCCGCACUAGGCGACGCACUCAGAAUCUCAGUCCCGCAGCUUACGGGUUAACAAGCCAUCACAGCUCCCAGGCCGGCACUCUGCCCCAGUGGUCUAUGCUGGGCCGGGUUUAACAAGUCCAUCACAGCUCCCAGGCCGGCACUCUGAACCAGUGGUCUCUGCUGGGCCGGGUUUCUUGUGGAGCGCAGGGAAACUUGACAAACCCUCACACAGCGUCCCCUUGGUAAUCCUGCCGAUGGUCUGUUGUGGCGACCCGAGUCACUGCUGCUGCACUGUGCCGGGGCAAGGUGGCUCGUGGCAGAUGGCACUGUUCACUGUGGUGUUGGCUGCUGCACUGUGCCGGGGAAAGGUGGCUCGGGUCAGGCGUCACUGUUCACUGUGGUGUGGCUUGUUGGCUGCUGCACUGUGCCGGGGCAAGGUGGCUCGGGGCAGACGGCACUGUUCACUGUGGUGUGGCUUGUUGGCUGCUGCACUGUGCCGUGGCAAAGUGGCUCGGGGCAGACGGCACUGUUUACUGUGGUGUGGCUUGUUGGCUGCUGCACUGUGCUGGGGCAAGGUGGCUUGGGGCAGACGGCACUGUUCACUGUGGUGUUGGGUGCUGCAAUGUGCCGGGACAAGGUGGCUUGGGGCAGACGGCACUGUUCACUGUGGUGUUGGCUGCUGCCUUGUGCCGGGACAAGGUGGCUCGGGGCAGACAGUACUGUUCACUGUGGUGUUGGGUGCUGCAAUGUGCCGGGACAAGGUGGCUCGGGGCAGACGGCACUGUUCACUGUGGUGUUGGCUGCUGCCUUGUGCCAGGACAAGGUGGCUCGGGGCAGACGGCACUGUUCACUGUGGUGUUGGCUGCUGCACUGUGACGGGGCAAAGUGGCUCGGGGCAGACGGCACUGUUCACUGUGGUGUUGGCUGCUGCACUGUGCCGGGGCAAGGUGGCUCGGGGCAGACGGCACUGUUCACUGUGGUGUUGGCUGCUGCACUGUGCCGGGGCAAGGUGGCUCGGGGCAGACAGCACUGUUCACUGUGGUGUUGGCUGCUGCACUGUGCCGGGACAAGGUGGCUCGGGGCAGACUGCACUGUUCACUGUGGUGUUGGUGCAUCUCUCAGCAGUCAGCCACAACACGGUGCCAGUUCUCCCAGGUGGUGUUGAUGACUGGCUCCCCGUCACACACACACAGCAGCACAACACACUACCUCAGAAGUGGGUCUUCAUGUGCCGGGCAAUGUGCCCCUUCGUGUUAAAGUGCUUCCCACACACUUGAACUCUCUCAGGCCAGAGUGUCUGAACAUGUGACGCUCCAGGGUUUGCUUCUCUCUGAACCUUUCUCCACAUUCCAGACACUCAUGAGGCCUUUCACCAGUGUGUGUGUGUUGAGGCCACCCUUCUGUGUAAACCUUUGGCCACAAACUUCACAUUCAUGAGGCCUUUCACCAGUGUGUGUGUGUUGAGGCCACCCUUCUGUGUAAACCUUUGGCCACAAACUUCACAUUCAUGAGGCCUUUCACCAGUGUGUGUGUGUUGAGGCCACCCUUCUGUGUAAACCUUUGGCCACAAACUUCACAUUCAUGAGGCCUUUCACCAGUGUGUGUGUGUUGAGGCCAUCCUUCUGUGUAAACCUUUGGCCACAAACUUCACAUUCAUGAGGUCGUUCACCAGUGUGUGUGAGGGCGUGUGUGUUAAGGUUACUCUUCUGAGUGAACACCUUGCCACACUCUUGGCAUUCAUGAGGUCUUUCGCCAGUGUGUGUAAGGAUGUGUGUGUUAAGGCUACUCUUCGUACUGAACACUUUGCCACACUCUUGGCACUCAUGAGGUCUUCCACCAGAGUGUGUAAGGGUGUGUGUGUUAAGGUGACUCUUCUGAUAGAAGACUUUGCCACACUCUUGGCACUCAUGAGGUCUUCCACCAGAGUGUGUAUGGGUAUGUUUGUUGAGGUCACCCUUCCCAGGGAGUCUUUUCCCACACUCAUGGCACUCAUGCUUCCCUUCAGCAGUGUGUGCAAGGCUGUGUCUGGUGAACUUGCUCUCGGUCUCAAACCUUCUCUCACUCAAACACUCCCUUUCCUUUAUGGCUGGAGAUGCCAGCAGCAAGGUGGUGGUGGUGGUGGUAGUGGUUCUCCUGAGCACCCCUGAUCAGAGCAUGCAAGGUGCUGUUUAAAGUUAUGGCACUGAAUUUUUUCUUUGGCACAAAUAUGAUGAAGGAAUUGCACUGUACUGUAGUGCAUGGUCUGGCACUGAUCCUCACAGCAGUGGCAGGCUGCUCCUGCUGGUCCUGGCCCCUCAGGCUGCUGCCCGGCCCUGCAGCCUCCACUGCAACAGAAGUCAGCGGUGGUGAGGAUGCAGCAUGACACCUGCCUCAGACCCUCGCUGCUGCAC